CUCUCCAGUGCCCUACUUUUUUUCUUUUGUCCCCCUGUCUCUUGGUGACUGGGGUUCAUGUACUGCAGGCUCCCCUUGAUUUACCUAUAUAGCUGAUGAUGAAGACUUUGAAUUUCUGACCCACCUGCCUCUACCUCCCAAGUCUGGGGUGACAGGUGGGGCUCAACGUGCUUAGCUGUUCCCCUUAUUAUGAUUGAAAAAUGUAUAGUAAUGGUGAGGCGUAAUUACCUCAUAGUCAUAUUGCAGGAAAGUGGGCAGAAGUAGCGGCUGAAUGUUUCCUGUUCGUGUGCAUUCGGGGUGAGUGUGCACCUCUGUGGUGUUGGGGUGGGGGUGUUCAUUUGUGUACAUACAUGCACAUGGAGGUCAGAGGGCAAUCUUGAAUGUCCUUCCUCAGGAAGCUAACUUUUAAAAAUUCUUAUUGAUAUUGAGGUGCCCUGGUGCACAUAUGAAGAUCAGAGAACAACAGUGAGAAAUAGCCCUUAUGGAGCCUCUGGGAGUAAAAUAAAGAUGCUUGGCUUAGAUGACAAGCAUCCUUACCUGUGCAUCAUCUCCCUUGUGUUUGUGUCAGUUGGACCUGGGCUCUGUGUUCAGGUUAGUCAGUUUAGCCAUGGAGCCGCAGAACUCCACUUGUCUUGCAUCGCCUGUGCUGGAAUUCUAAUGCCAGCUUUUUAAUUUGGAUGUUGGGAAUCAAACACAGGUCCUAAAGCAAGCAUCUUACCGACUGUGUUAUUUCUUUCAAGUUCUGCCUAUUGACUUUUAUCCUUAGUUUUCUUCCAAUCCUCAUGGUAUUCAUGAGAGUAUGGAUCUUUUCCAGAGGUCAUGCUGCAAAGCAGCAGUGUUUUUUUAAAGCAGUAUCUCGAGGUGUAUUAUGCUCAAUAUUACAGGAUCCAAUGUAAGUGUUGAUUUAGAUCCUGCAUCCCACAUUCCGGAAGCAGAGGCAGUAGGAUUGCGAGGCUAGCUAGGGUGACAUAGAGAUGUAGCUGUAUAAAAACAAAACAAAACACAGCCGGGUCGGUAAGAGCUGUAGCUGCGCAAAUUUGAAGCUUGAGAUCGAGUUCGCAGCACCCGGUAAAAGCCCCGGCAUUGAGGGGAUGGACACAGGCGCAUCCUUGGAGCUGGCUGGUGAGCCAGUCCUGCCCGAAAGGUGACCUGCAGGUUCAGACCUAGAACGUGCAGAGGGGUGAGCUUUCCAGGAUACAAAACAAAACAGGCUCCCGAAGCCUUAAUGGCCCCAGGAAAUCCACACAGCUCUUUCUUGCUGACAACGGAGGCUCCUCCCUCGGGUCCGCCCACAUCCCGCAGGGCCCCGCCCAAUCUCGCCUAGGUCACAGCGGGAAGAGCUCAGCCACUGAGUGGCAGAAUAUGUCUGGGUCCAAGGCUGAAUCUGAGGAAAAGGCGGGCUCCAAACAGUGUCCCCUUGUGCAGGUGAAUGAAUAUAAAGAGAAUGAACAUACUGCUUAUACUUCUCUGAGACCGAUACAGAUUACAACUUUAAGGAAAACAGCUAAGGUUUAUCUUUACCCGUUUUCCCUCAGCAAUUCCAAGCUAGGCCUACUUAAGUUGUCCAAAUCCCCAGUUGUAAAUAAUUCUAGCAAAUCAGUGGUCCAUAAGAAGAACGAUCUGAAGAAAACUCGUAGAAAGGUUUUAACUUCAAAAAUGAAGGCCUUAUCUUCCAAGGCAGAAUCCCAUCUGCUGAAACCGUCUCUGGAUGCUUAUACUGAAAGUACCAAGCUGGAACACAAGAGCACCUCGGAUUCAAUGACUCUCAGUGUGGACGUGGAAAGCAGCGACGAAGACAGUGCACCAGGCCUGGAUGAUUUUUCUGGAUUGUCACCUUAUGAGAGGAAGAGACUGCGGAACAUCAGAGAAAAUGCAAACUUUUUUGCUUCCCUUCAGUUAGCUGAGUCAGCUGCAAGGCUCCGUGGAAUGAUAAAGAAGAUUGAGUCACCUGAGUCAAAGAGAAAGAGGCCUAAGAAGAAAGAAAAUGAGAUUGGAUGUCGAAGGUCUAUGCGGUUGUUGAAAGUAGACCCUUUGGGAGUUUCAUUACCAGCAUCUCCAACGCAGCCAACAUUAGUAGAACAAGAAGAAAAUCCUUUGUUACCUCCUGGACCCUUAGAAAUGAUUCCUGAAAACCAAGAUGACAGCAGUGAACUGUUCAAAGCAUCUUUGAAGACAUGGUCAGAGAUGAGCCAGACAAGUAAUGAGAAGACCACGAAGGGGCUGUCUAGUAUUAAAAGCUAUAAAGCCAAUUUAAGUGGUAUGGUCAUCAGUGAGGCUACUGUUCGUAAGGUGACCAAAGGAGCAGUCUCCUCUGUGGCCCUCCACCCGUCAGAAGUGAGAACCUUGGUAGCAGCUGGGGCCAAGUCUGGACAAAUUGGACUUUGGGAUUUGAUCCAGCAGUGUGAAGAUGCGAUGUACGUUUUCUGUGCUCACAGUCGCUAUGUUAGCUGCCUCUCCUUCUCACCCACCAACCCAGCCCACCUACUGUCCCUGAGCUAUGAUGGCACACUGCGAUGUGGUGAUUUUUCCAGUGCUGUGUUUGAGGAGGUGUACAGGAACGAGCGAAACAGCCCAUCCUCCUUUGACUUCUUGAAUGAUUCCUCCAGUCUGCUAGUGGGACACUGGGAUGGACAUUUGUCACUGGUAGAUAGACGGACACCUGGAACUUCUUAUGAGAAAUUUUUUAGUUUAUCUUUGGAAAAAAUAAGAACUGUUCAUGUCCACCCACUAUGCAGACAGUAUUUUGUCACAGCAGGAUUGAGGGACGUUCAUGUUUACGAUGCCCGGUUCCUGAAGUCCAGGGGAAGCAAGCCUCUGAUCUCCUUGACUGAGCACUCGAAAAGUGUUGCCUCUGCAUAUUUCUCCCCUGUUACUGGUAACAGAGUGGUGACUACAUGUGCUGACUGUAAGCUCAGGGUCUUUGACAGCAGCUCCAUAUCUUCCCAGCUUCCUCUCCUCAGUACCAUCAGGCACAACACUAUCACUGGGAGGUGGCUAAUGAGGUUCCAGGCUGUGUGGGACCCUAAACAAGAAGAUUGCUUCAUAGUUGGUAGCAUGGACCACCCACGACGGGUGGAAGUCUUCCAUGAGUCGGGAAAGAAUGUACAUUCUCUUUGGGGAGAAUGUCUUGUAUCUGUGUGUUCCCUCAGUGCUGUGCAUCCUACACGAUAUAUUCUGGCUGGAGGUAAUUCCAGUGGCAAGUUACAUGUUUUUAUGCAUCAAGAAACCUAAAUUAUUGAAUAGGUUUAACAAAUUGUUCAAAUUGUUCUGUGGCUAGGGAACCUAAAGACUCAGUUUAGUGCAUCUGUUUGGUCAUGUGUAUAUUUAGUAAAUAUAACCUUGCUUUCUCAGUGAGAGCUCCACAAAGAAUGUAAUGUUAGCAAGGGAGGAACUUGAGGGCCAUUUCUAGAGGAUGAGGGAGAGACCUGGAGCAGAAAUGGGUGCUUUCACGUACUUUUUGAUUGUUUUGAGACAGGAUUUUGUGUAGCACAGGCUAGCCUCAGACUCUGUAGCCAAGGAUGACUUAGACCUCAUGAGCCUCCUGCCCCGACCUCCUGGGUGCUAAGAUCUCAGACAUGUUCCAGUGCACUUGGCAUCUUUGAACACUUUUAAUUAGGCUGUAUUUUGCAAAAAUUCUAAGAAAUUAUAAAGCUUUCAGUGGUCAUUAUUAAUCUUUUGUGACAGAAUGAAACCAUUUUGAUGCAAUGGUAAUCUAUAGAUCUGUGAUUUAUUUAGCUUGGGGUGAAUAAUUAUUUCUCAACACUGGACUAGGUCCUGAAAGGUCAUCUAAGUCUAAUUAUGAAACAUUAUUGAAUCCCAGAGACUGUCACAUGCUAGACAAGUAUUCUACAAUUGACUCAUACCCCACCUUUGAAACUUAAAUUUUGCUUCGUUCUUGAGACUGGAUCUUGCUAUGUAGCCCAGGUUAGCUUUGAACUUAGUCCUUCUGCCUCACUUUUCCAAGUGCUAGGACUAUACAUACGUGUGUACUACCAGGCCCAGCCAGAACUUAGUUUUGUAAGCUAAGAACUUUUUGGGGUCCUUGUGUCUCAGCUCGGUUUUGCUUGAAAUCCCAUGAUACUCACUGGAGAACAGUUGGCUUCUUUGACUCGGGUCUGCUUGGAGCUUGCUCUGUCCCCUGCCUCUGGGCAGCUCCUGAAAUGGGCCAGGACAGCACUGUUCGACCUUGUACCAUUAUCCUGUUUUCUAGUGAAUAGCUGUAUAGACGAGGCUCCAGACGAGGGCUUUGUAGCUUUUCACAUGAAAAUUUAUUUAAAAACACAGAAAUAUAAGACUGUUUUUGUUUUAAUCCCACAAUAUAGGGCUGCUUCAUAUUGUUCAUGGCAGGUGACUGUGAUUUGCCCGUGCUGUAGCAGGGGUGUGGUUGUACCAGCUGCAGAUAGUUUCUGCAAAUGCGUGACAUUUGGAAUUCUGGGAACUUUUCAGAGGUUAUAUAAAUGCUAGAGCCCCCGGUAGACUGGAUGGGGUGGCUGUUGGUCAUUCAGGGGGAUUGGCUAUGAUUUGUUAGUUGUGCUCAAAAAAGAAGCAAAAGGAAAGAAAUUAGAUUCAAGGAUCUCCCCUCCCCCUAUUUUUUUCCCCUUCUACCUCCAUCCUCCUCUUAUCUAGUGUUGGAGGGAGUUGGGGAGGGGGCAGGCUGCAUGGAUAAAGGGUGGCAAAAAGUGGUAAAAACCAGCUACAGUCCUAAGGUGGAAUUAAAAAAAAAAAAAUGAGACCCAGUGUUGGGUGCCACUUCUAUCCAGUCUAAUUUUUUUCCCUUUUGUUUCUUUGAUCAUGACUGCUAACAAACAGUAACCAACCAACACCCCUCCCUUCACCCCCAGCAGCCAAUAACCACUAACAAUCCUUCUUGGGACCCUCACAUUUAUACACCCUCUGAAAAGUUCCCAGAAUUCCAAAUGACACGCAAUCGCAGAAAUUAUCUGUAGCUGGCAAAACCAUGGCUCUGCUAGAGUACAGUGCAAAUCCUAGUUAGCUGCUGUGGACAGUCUGGAGCAGCUCCACAUCCCACACCUGGGAUAGAACAACAUAUUCUUAUAGUUCUUUUAUAAAGAAACCAAAAUUCUAGAAUUCUUACUUUACCCUAGCACUUGAGAAGUAGAAGCAGGAGAGCCAGGAGUUCAAGGCCACCUCAGCUAAUAGUAAAUUCAAGGCCAGUGUGGCUCACCUUCCCUUUUCCCCAGAUUAAUAAAGCACACAAAGUAAAAUUAUGGUAUUUUUAUUUUUUAGAGUACUUUAAAAUAAAACUUAGCUUCAUAUGCAUAUAUGUAUAUACUAUAUAUGUUUAUAUAUAUUCUGCUUUAUUGGUGGCCUGGUGUCACAGUGUAUUCAACAUUUUUCCAUUGUUAUAUGCAAAAGUUACUACUGAAGGAUUUAUAAGUAAAUAGCUUAAGCAGUAUGUUUGGAUUGUAAAAGGGAAUACUCAGUUAUAUGUCAGAGAAAUAAAGUGAUGUGGAUUUUCCUUAAA